AUGACACUGAACAUAAGCAUCACUGUCUGUGGUCCUAUAGACUCGGGUAAAACGUCUCUAAUCAAGCGGAUUGUCGACAAAACAUUUAUAGAACAAAAGCAGCCAAGUUACACUGAAUUUCAACCUCUUUCUAUCACUGUCGAUGGGUACCAAAUACAGACGAGUCUUAUUGAGAGAAAUGACGAGGCGUUCAUGAAACAAGCAUCAACAGACCCUGGAGCACGUGGAGACAUUUUGUUACAUGUGUAUAAUAUUGAGAGUGAAGAGUCAUUCCAAGGGGCGUUGAAUGUAUUCAAAUACUUUAGUCGACUGAACGAUGCGUCGGUGAUGUGUUUAGUCGGGAAUUACAGCGACACGGGAAAGAGAGAAGUUAACAAAGAGAACGUGAUGAAAGAGAUCACAGAACCAGACUGUUAUGCGUACAAGAUCUCCGCAAAGACUGGGACGGGUGUCGAAGAGAUGAUCAAAGAUGUUAUUCACAACUAUCUCACUUCUCAAUCAAAAACCAUACAAGCAAAAAUUGAACCAUUUAAGGGUAAAAAUAAAAAAGGAGCAAAGAAAGGGUGGGAAGUGUGUUUUGUUUUAAUU